AUGCCGGAGUCAGAAGUUGGAACACCGGCGGUGUCGGCACCGAACACGCCGGGGACACCUGGAGGGCCACUUUUUACAGGGCUGAGAGUGGACUCGUUAUCUUAUUCAGACAGGAAAAUAAUGCCGAAUUGCAAGUGCUUGCCUGUCAAUGCACCAACUUGGGGUCAACCCCACACGUGCUUCCUUGAUUUUCCUGCUCCUGAUGUAUCUCUUACUCGCAAGCUUGGAGCAGAAUUUGUGGGAACCUUCAUCCUGAUAUUUGCAGCAACAGCAGGACCAAUAGUGAACCAAAAGUACAAUCACGCAGAGACACUGAUUGGAAAUGCAGCCUGUGCAGGACUAGCAGUGAUGAUCAUAAUCCUAUCAACUGGACACAUUUCUGGAGCUCAUUUGAACCCAUCACUCACCAUUGCUUUUGCAGCUCUACGCCACUUCCCUUGGGUGCAAGUGCCUGCCUACAUUGCAGCUCAAGUAUCAGCUUCCAUUUGUGCUUCUUUUGCUCUUAAAGGAGUCUUCCAUCCCUUCAUGUCUGGUGGUGUUACUGUUCCAUCUGUGGGCAUUGGCCAAGCUUUUGCACUUGAGUUCCUCAUCACUUUCAAUCUCUUGUUUGUCGUCACUGCCGUUGCCACAGACACUCGGGCUGUGGGAGAGUUGGCAGGAAUAGCAGUUGGAGCUACGGUGAUGCUGAACAUUCUUGUUGCAGGGCCAUCAAGUGGUGGUUCAAUGAAUCCAGUGAGGACUUUGGGGCCAGCAGUAGCAGCAGGAAAUUACAAACAAAUUUGGAUUUAUCUUAUAGCACCAACACUUGGAGCCGUAUUUGGUGCUGCCACCUACACGGCUGUGAAGCUCCGGGAAGAAGAGACUGAUCCACCACGUCAAGUCAGGAGCUUCCGUCGGUAG